AUGAACCACUGCGCCCGGGCGCAGGAUCUUAUGGUUCAGAAUAUGGCGCAGUGGUCGAUUGACCUUGCGCUUGUGUCGGAGCCGUACCGUGUGCUCCCCAGGGCUGACUGGUUUGGAGACGCGGACGGAUUGGUAGCUCUCGUCUUCGGCCCCAGAGUCACGCCUCCCUCUUUAGGGAGCACGACCAAAGGCCAUGGUUUCGUUGUUGCCAACAUGGGGGCCCUUACUGUGGUGGGGGUGUACUUCUCCCCCAACCGGCCUCUGGCCGAGUUCGAGAUGUUCUUAGGGCGGCUGACUCUCUACGUCGGAGGAGCGUCCGGCCCUGUACUCGUCGCCGGGGACUUCAAUGCAAAGUCAACGCUUUGGGGCUCUCCGGCGACGAAUGCAAGAGGCCGUGUGAUGGCGGAAUGGUUGGCGUCAACAGGCCUCGUAGUGGUCAACACCGGAAGCGACAGUACAUGCGUCAGACGACAGGGCGAGUCAAUCGUUGAUCUGACGUUGGCGAGUCCCAACUUCGCGACACGCAUUGUCGGAUGGCAUGUCUCCAAAGAGGAAACCCUCUCAGACCACCGGUAUAUCCGGUUCGACGUAUCCGCACACACGUCGGAAUUGGGUCGCACAUUUCCAGCAGGUGGCGGCCCAAGGUGGUCUCUGAGGCGGCUGAACAAGGACCUGUUAGAAGAGGCAGCAAUCGUCGCGUCCUGGUCUCGUCUUCCCUCCGAUGAUGUAGAGGAAUGCGCAGAGUGA